CCAUGUCAGCUCGUACAUACGAAAUAUUUCUUAUUACAAUUUUUUUACCGUUUGCAUACAUUCGAUUCUUUCGUGCUGUCACUUGGUCUACUUUAAGCGGCAGUUUCGCGUGAGUCCAACGUUGGAGAGAUGUGACGCAUAGCAAAGCGGUGAAGGUACAUCGCCGCGUUAUGGAUAACAAAAGAAUACUCGAGGAACGUUUGCGAGAAGCGGUUUGUAUUGGCGAUACAGACGCCGUGCAAGAUCUCGUAAACCUAGGCGUUGACGUUAACGUGCGACAAGCUGUCAAUGGAUGGACCGCUUUGCAUUGGGCAUGUAAAAAAGGAUAUCUGGAUGUGGCUGCCCUGCUGUUGAAAAAUGGUGCUGAUAAAAACGCACGAACAGAAAAUGGAGAGACUGCAAUGUCUUUAUGCAGCAAUCAACAAAUUUUAUAUCUUCUCAGCACAAGCAGUGAUGUUACACGAAUCACAAAUGACUUGUCUUUGCACACUGUUACAUCUGCAUACGCACAACCAGAUUUUCUGCACACUGCCAUGAAUCCUCCCAAGAUCAGAAAUAACGUAUAUGAGGACAGUGCAGUUAUCAUGUCAUUUCAUGAUGAAUUGGUAUUGAAAAUUCGAAUUGCCAAUGCAGCGGAUCCAGAUUUCAUAGAGAUAGAAUUGUCACGGAAUGAGUUAACAUACCAGGCAUUAUUGUGCAUAUGUUGCAAGGAAUUAAAUCUCACUCCACAUCAGAUUUUGAAGCUACGCAAAUUACCAAAUACAAGACUGCGGAAGGACAAGGAUAUUCAGAGACUCCAGAAUUUUCAAGAGAUUGAAGUAGUUACUGAUACUAAUGUGUACAAAAACAUUCAGAGUACUAAUGGUAUCACUAACAGUCUGCCGAUGUUAACACCAGCUAAUGGAUAUCAGAGUAUAUCCAAAAAAGAUCAGACUAUUCUCUAUUAAUCAAUCACAUGGAGAGAAUACUUCCUUUGGUAUAUUCAUAAGUUAACAUGUAAACAGUAGAAAAAACAGCAUAAUGUAAGCAAUAUUAUGUUAUUUAUGGCAUAUGUAUCACAGUUUCACAACAUACUAUUUAAGAAA